AGUAGAAUAUAAAUCUAAUUUAAAAAGUAAUUAGUAGCUAUAUUUGAAUAGUUCUUGAUUCUGAAAUGUUUCUAAUCUUAUAACAUAACUUGAAUUGUUUUGACUUUUCACUAAGAAUCUUUACUGACCUCACAUUUCUUGUCAUUUUUUUUUAGAUACAGUAGAAUUGGAAUCUUUACAGAAUUACAUCUUACAGAUGUAUAGAGUCAGUUCCUGAAAAUAAACAAUGGAAUAGGAAUUGUAAUUUUUACAAAGUUAUAUCUUCUAUGAGAAUCAGUUCCUGGAAAAAAAACAAUUCAAAUCCUGCAGAUAUGAAUAUAUAAAGAAUCCCGGGAUAGAUAAAAAUUGCUGAUAAUGGAGACUUACUUUCACUUCCUCCAAAAAACGUAUAAUGAUAUAAUUGCUGGUGUUUUGUUAACCCAAGACAGUUACAAAUGUGCAGCUCUUCUAAAUCCUUCAGUUUUUUCAUCGCCAAAAAAUUGUGAAUUAUGUGCCUGUCAUUUUUUUUCUAAAUUGGAUGCUCAGCUCUCUUCCAGUCUAGACCCAAUAAACAGUGAACAUGAUAUUUCUACAAACCUUAGCCAUCUGAAGUGCCACGCCCGGGAAAUUAUUCUGCUUCAGUUAACUUUGAUCGAGAUGAUGCUUGCCAAACUGCAUCUGCAAGAGGUGGCUAAUGAAAUAAAACAGAAAUACCUGAAGAUCCUAAGAAUCCUGGAAGAAUCAAACAUUUUCUCUGAAUUAAUUCAUCUGUUACGUAGUUCAGAUAAACAGCUCUCUCACAUGGCUUCUAAAAGUUUGGCUUCCCUUGUGCAUUUUCAGCUAAGAGAAGAGGUAAGUCAGAAAAGGAGCUUUGGAAAAAAGAAGAGAUCCUGCCACGACUUUAAUUUUACCCCCUGCCGUUCAGAUGACGAAAUCCAGGAUAAUCGGACACAUCAGAAUGGUUAUAAUCCCCACUGCAUCUUCUUAUGCCUGUUAGGGAGUAUCGCAUUUGAUGCCACGGUCCUUCUGGAUUUCUUGAUUUCAUCGGAAACCUGCUUCUUGGAAUACUUUGUGCAAUAUUUAAAGCUUCUUGUAGAAGACUGGCACUGGUUCGUCCAAGUUUCCAAACGCUUUAAGUUCACCAUUGGCAAAGAUCUCAGAAUUUGUGGGGAGAACUUGUCCUGCCAGCAAGAAGACGAACCCAACUCAAACCUCACAGGGCAGAGCACUGCAUAUGAUCCACGGGCUUCUACGGAGGCCCUUUUGCCUUCCUCCCUGAAUUUGUCUACCCUCCUUCGUCAGGGAGACAGUCAACCCCAAAAAAUUGAUUCUGUGACCACAUCUAGUGACCCGCAUUUACCGGGGGCUUUUCAGAAGCUGGUUGAUUAUGAUAGCUCAGAUGAUUCUGAAGGGGACUGCGGAAGAGAAGAAUGUUUGACGGACACAGAAGACAAAGCUUUAAACUACCAAGCCUGUCCAAAUAAAGCAGUUCUCAACGAGAGUGCAAAAAGCUGCAAGCAAGGAGGGCUCCCUUUCAUUGAGCAAGAUUUGAAUAUUUCAUCAGGCUCCAGCAGCAAACUCUCCCUUCCAGAAUUUAAAUUAGCAGGUGAAACUUUGCAGAAAGCAACCGCAUGUUUCCAACAAUUGCAAAAGUCCAUUUCUAGGCUGCAUGCAAAGGGACUCUUCCCAUACAACCCAAAUGCACUCGUGAAACUCUUGAAUCAAAUUCAUAGAAUUGGUGAAGAUCCCCGAGCUGCUUCAGACUAGUCAAUUUGUAAAGAUAUAUAGUCCUCCAGGUUAAACCCAUCUAUUGGUUAGCAUUUGAAAGGAUGUUCCAGAAAAUUAAUAGGCUCUGAAAUACGUGGCCCAAAUGCGUUCUAUGGGAUUGAAGUAUAUAUUGUUUAUGAACUGUCUGCUUGGUUAAAAAAAACACUGUAGCUUCAAAUCCCUUGAUCCGUUUAACUUCAAAAGGGGGUUAUAAUCUUGUCUGUGCUAUGUGUGAAUUCUACCCCCCCCCCCAGUUUUUUUUUUAAGGCAAUAAAUUCUGAAUUUUAUUUUUGGCACCUUCCUUUGUCAGAUAAUUUUGAUAUGAAGGAUAUAUGUUCUCAGUGAGAAUUAAUUGCUGCUUUUUAAAAGAGAAUGCAAUAAGAUUUUUCUGAUACAGAUACAGAUUAA